AUGAUGACUGACAACUACUCCUCAACAAAUGAGUUUAUACUUACUGGAUUUGCAAAUCAUCCAGAGCUGAAGACCAUCCUGUUUGUCCUGUUCUUUGCCAUCUAUCUUAUCACCAUGGUGGGGAAUCUUGGAUUGGUGGUACUGAUUUACAUGGAACGCCGUCUUCACACACCAAUGUAUAUCUUUCUGGGAAAUCUGGCUCUCAUGGAUUCCUGCUGCUCCUCUGCCAUUAUGCCCAAAAUGUUACAGAACUUCUUUUCUGUGGAUAAAAAAAUUUCCUUCUAUGAAUGCAUGGUCCAGUUUUAUUUUCUCUGUCUUGCUGAAACUACAGACUGCUUUCUUCUGGCAGCAAUGGCCUAUGACCGCUAUGUGGCCAUUUGCAACCCACUGCAGUACCAUACCAUGAUGUCCAAGAAACUCUGCAUUCAGAUGACUACUGGAGCCUACAUAGCUGGAAAUUUGCACCCCAUGAUUGAAGUAGGGUUAUUGUUUAAGCUAACUUUCUGUAGAUCUCAUCAAAUUGAUCACUUUUUCUGUGAUGUCCUACCGCUAUAUAGAAUCUCUUGUGUUGACCCUUAUAUCAAUGAGUUGAUACUAUUUAUCUUGGCAGGAUCAAUUCAAGUCUUUACAAUUACUAUAGUCUUAGUAUCAUACUUUUAUAUCCUAUUUACAAUAUUCACAAUGAAAUCUAAAGGGGGAAGAGGCAAAGCCUUAUCUACCUGUGCAUCCCACUUCCUCUCUGUGUCUAUGUUCUAUGGCUCUCUGCUCUUCAUGUAUGCUCAACCAAGUUCAAUUAAUUCAGGAGAUAAAAAUAUACCUGUUGCUAUUUUUUAUACUGUGGUGAUCCCAUUAUUAAAUCCCUUCAUUUAUAGUCUAAGAAAUAAGGAAGUGAUCAGUGUUUUGAAAAGAUCAAUGAAGAAAAUAAUUGUGUAA